UCACCAUAUGUGGCUCCUCCCCAACCGUAGCCUGUUGUAAAGAUGGCGUCCAUCAUGGAGGGGCCGCUAAGCAAGUGGACUAACGUCAUGAAAGGCUGGCAAUACCGGUGGUUUGUUUUGGACUACAACGCAGGCCUUUUAUCGUACUACACGUCUAAGGACAAAAUGAUGCGAGGAUCCAGAAGAGGCUGUGUGCGACUCAGAGGAGCUGUGAUUGGCAUAGAUGACGAGGACGACAGCACAUUCACCAUCACUGUGGACCAGAAGACUUUCCACUUUCAAGCUCGAGAUGCAGACGAACGUGAGAAGUGGAUCCACGCCUUAGAGGGAACUAUACUCCGUCACACCCUCCAGCUCCGGGAGGCUGAGACGGGACUUGUUCCGAGUGUGCAAGACUUUGACAAGAAGCUAGCUGAAGCUGACGCCUACCUACAGAUCCUAAUCGACCAGUUGAAGCUGUUUGAUGAGAAGAUCAAGGACUGCAAAGACGAUGAAUCGCGCAGAAAAAUAGAACAUUUGAAAGAGACUACUUGUAGUAUGGUAGAGUCCAUCAAGCACUGUAUUGUUCUGCUGCAGAUUGCCAAGGACCAAAGUAACGAACAACAACAUGCAAACGGACUUAUAAGCACCAUCAACCCAGUGGAUGGGAUCUACCAGCCCCCCCUGGAACCCCCUGUAGUCAACACCACAAUGCCAACACAGACCGCACUACCUACAGACGUUUCUCAGGUGUGUAAAUCAGACCAACGACCCUCCACGUUACCUGUUGGUCCCGUGGUCACAGUGAUGGGCAGUCUGCAGACCCCAACUCCCAACAGCACAGGGAGUGGCCCCUCAGGCCCCAGCAGCGGCGUUGCCUCCCCGGCUCACAUCCCUCUGCCCUCACACUCAGUGCCAGACUUCUCCUACUCUUCUAGCGAGGACGAGUUUUAUGAUGCUGACGAGUUUUACCAGAGCACCACUUCACCCAAACACUGCGCAGUUCCCUCAGGGCCUGCUGCUGGCUCGACCGCCGCUAAUAAGGAAACAUUUUUAAAGCGGCCCGAAACCACAGAGUCCCUCAACUCAUCCAUGUCAAACGGCACCACAGAUGCAGAUAUGUUCGACAGCCAUGAUGACCGCGAUGACGAUGGCGAGGGGGAGUCUGUGGAAGAGCACAAGAGCGUCAUCAUGCAUCUGCUCUCACAAGUCCGUUUGGGCAUGGACCUCACAAAAGUGGUCCUGCCUACUUUCAUCCUAGAGAGGAGAUCUUUGUUAGAGAUGUACGCAGACUUUUUUGCGCAUCCUGACUUAUUUGUGAGCAUCGCUGACCAGCCGGAGCCCAGAGAACGCAUGGUUCAGGUGGUGAAGUGGUACCUGUCAGCUUUCCAUGCUGGCAGGAAAGGCUCAGUGGCCAAAAAACCUUACAACCCAAUCCUGGGUGAAGUCUUCUUCUGCCACUGGGAUCUUCCAAACGAGAAAGAAGAACCUUCUCCACCUAUGGAGACACUAUCAGAUGGCCCAGUUCCCGGGUCUUCUCCUAACAGUGUGUGUUUCGUGGCAGAGCAGGUCUCUCACCACCCACCCAUUUCUGCAUUUUACGCAGAGGGUUUAAGUAAGAAGAUCCAGUUCAACGCUCACAUCUGGACUAAGUCAAAGUUUCUGGGCAUGUCCAUUGGUGUCCACAACAUUGGUCAAGGUUGUGUGUCAUGUCUGGAGCACGAUGAACAUUACAUCCUCACAUUCCCAAAUGGAUACGGCAGGUCUAUUCUUACCGUACCGUGGGUGGAGCUGGGUGGAGAGUGCAACAUAUCCUGCUCCAAGUCCGGCUACAGCGCCAACAUCGUAUUUCACACCAAACCUUUCUACGGCGGGAAGAAGCACCGGAUCACAGCUGAAAUCUUUGCACCAAAUGACAAGAAAUCUUUCUGCUCCAUUGAAGGAGAAUGGAACGGAGUGAUGUACGCCAAGCUGGCGACUGGAGAGAACAUGGCGUUCAUAGACACUAAGAAAAUGGGCAUCAUAAAGAAGAAAGUGAGGAAGCUGGAGGACCAGCUUGAGUAUGAGUCCCGAAGACUAUGGAGAGAUGUGACUCUGAACCUGAAGCUUAAAGACAUUGAUGCAGCAACAGAGGCCAAACAUCGUCUGGAGGAAAAACAAAGAGCUGAAGCCAGAGAGAGGAAGGAGAAGGAGCAACAGUGGGAAACCAGGCUGUUCCAUGAGGACGGGGAGUGCUGGGUCUACGAUGAGCCGCUAUUAAAGAGAUUAGCCUCUCAAAGGCACUGAGGAGACCACACCGCUCCGAUGAACACAGAAGUGCAAAAUGAAAUCUACACAGAAACAAGAGACUUCAUAAGAACUCUUUUGCAAAACAAAAAACACUUCUUAUUCAAGCCUUGGGAUGACUGAACCUGUACACUGCUUUGCAUCUGACUAUUAAAAAAGUGGAAAUGAAUGAAAGCAUCAAAGAUGUAAACAUUAGCUCUUCUCCUUACUUGGGCAAUUUCCCCUACGCUGGCCACUGAUACCGAGCCCUCCUCCCCCCUCCACGAGACUCGGCACCACAGACCAUGGGCUCUAGAGCACUUGUUUUCCAAUAUACAUGUUUUUGUUUCUUUAUAUGAGGGGGGGGGGCCAAGAGGUUUGUGGUUGAUGGUGUACAAUUCAAGUGAAGCUUGAUUAAAAUAACCGGCGCUCUACAUCUCAGGGAAUCUGACUGAGGAAAGAAAGCUGCUGCACCCUCCCAGAGUCUGACAGCCUUAUAACGGUGGAGCGGAUCAAUCCUGAAGCGGCGAGGGAGAACUUCUCUGCUUGCCUGCAACUAGCUCCAACUGAUCUUUAUAUAUAGAUAUACAUAUAAUGAAAAUACAUAUUCUUUUUUUUAUUUCCAAUUUUUGUUCUUUCUGGCAAUACUAUAAAACUGUUGGAGAUAUGAACUUGCUGGCUUUACGUCUCUCUAGAAAUCAUUUCAUUUUUUUCUUUGGUCGUUUUGUUUUUGUAUCUUUAGUGUUAUCCAGAAGCAAAACAUGAGCCAUGGCAUCUAAAUCCACUGAUUAGGAGGGAUGAGAUAUAUUAAAGGAAUAUAUGCAAUUCAAAGUUUCAGUGCCAGUUAUGCCAAAAAGAAAUAUAGAAGAUUUAAAGAAAAAAGGCUAAAGGGACUUUGAGCUGAAGAGCAAACGGUUACCUAAAGUCUUUCUGAACAAAAUGAUUGUUUACAUGUUCUUUCUCCAUAACAAGGAUGUAAAGUUUUCCCAUUUGUCCUGCAGAUCACCUUCUCAUCCUAAUGCUUACUCAUGAUGAGCAAACAGUGUAGACAGAUUUUACUGAUUCCUGUUACUUUCUUUUAUAUGUUGUCCGUUUACAUUCAUAACCACAUGCUGGCCAAUACCAAGCCUUCUGAACACUGAAUCCUUCUAAAUGAACUGUUUAAAGCUCUAGUUUGGAUCUAAAUUGAGGGGGGAAAGUCAUCAGAACAUGUCAAAUCAUAAUGAUAAAAAACAAUCCCUCUGGUUAUCUUAGUCUGAUUAAAAAGUUAAAUAUCAAUUGACACAAAUACAAAAAAACGUAAUCUCUUUCAUCUGAUGAAAUGAUCUAUAAACAUUGCUGAUGCUGAAAUUUCAGUGACAUCAACACAAAUGAAAAGGCCUUUCUCGUCUUAAACUAAAUUUGAAGCUUUACCUCUGUUUUUUUUCCCCUCAGUGUUGUUUUGCAUAAGUUGUUGAAUAGAGGCCUUGCCUUUCAUUUCAGUAUUGCCUGAUAGAGAGCAAUCAAAACAAAUGUAUUUCUUUUUUUAAUUUCCUUCUCAUCAUAACCAUUGAUUGUAUCUGACUCUUCUGAUUAUUGAAGCAUUAUAUUAAAUCUCUGAGAGUUA